AUGUCUACCAACCUCAUGCGAUGGAAACAUGAAGAAUUAGCAGUCAGAGGGAAACAUGAGGAAUUAGCAGUCAGAGGGAAACAUGAAGAAUUAGCAGUCAGAGGGAAACAUGAAGAGUUGGCAGUCAGAGGGAAACAUGAAGAAUUAGCAGUCAGAGGGAAACAUGGAGAAUUAGCAGUCAGAGGGAAACAUGAUGAAUUAGCAGUCAGAGGGAAACAUGGAGAAUUAGCAGUCAGAGGGAAACAUGGAGAAUUAGCAUUAGCAGUCGGAGGGAAACAUGAUGAAUUAGCAGUCAGAGGGAACUAUGAAGAAUUAGCAGUCAGAGGGAAACAUGGAAAAUCAGCAGUCAGAGGGAAACAUGGAGAAUUAGCAGUCAGAGGGAAAUAUGAAGAAUUAGCAGUCAGAGGGAAACAUGGAGAAUUAGCAGUCAGAGGGAAACAUGGAGAAUUAGCAGUCAGAGGAAAAUAUGAAGAAUUAGCAGUCAGAGGGAAAUAUGAAGAAAUAGCAGUCAGAGGGAAACAUGGAGAAUUAGCAGUAAAAGGGAAACAUGGAGAAUUAGCAGUCAGAGGGAGACAUGGAGAGUUAGCAGUCAGAGGGAAACAUGAAGAGUUAGCAGUCAGAGGGAAACAUGAAGAAUUAGCAGUCAGAGAGAAACAUGAAGAGUUAGCAGUCAGAGGGAAACAUGAUGAAUUAGCAGUAAGAGGGAAACAUGGAGAAUUAGCAGUCAGAGAUGAAAGAUGA